UUAUUCAAUCGGCUAAAAUGGAUAAACUAAAGUUUGAAACGCUUUUUCACGCACUCAAAUCAUUGACUUUAUACAUCUCAGGUUAUGUUCAGUUUCCAAACUUGGCUUUGGCAGUAUGAGGCCAAGCAUUGUCAUGCAGCAGACUUACUUUUCUGUGCCUCGAAAAGUACUUCUAAUGGCCAGAAAAGAACAAAAUAGAAAAGGAUCCCAAACUGAGCUCGGAAUCGCCAGAAAGUGCUUCUAAGAACCAGAAAAACCAAAAUGGAAAAUGAUCCAAAAUUGAGCUCAGAAUCGCUGAAAAGUGCUUCUAAAGGCCAGAAAGAGCAAAACUUAAGAAUGAUCCCAAAUUUAGCUCAGAAUCGCCGAAAAGCGUUUCUAAAGGCCAGAAAAAUCCAAAAUAGAGAAUGAUCUCAAAUUAAACUUAGAAUUGAUGAAAAGAUAUAAGGCCAAAAUGAAAAAUGAUCUCAAAUUGAGCUCAGAAUCGCCGGAAAGCGCUUCUAAAGACCAGAAAAGGCCCGAAUAGAAAAUGAUCCCAAAUAAAGCUCAGAAUCGCUGAAAAGUGCUUCUAAAGGCCAGAAAAGCCCAGAAAAGGCCAAAAUAGAAAAUAAUCCCAAAUUGAGCUCAGAAUCGCUAAAAACUGCUUAUGAAGGCCAGAAAAGGCCAAAAUAGAAAAUGAUCCCAAAUUGAGCUCAGAAUCGCUGAAAAGUGUUUCUGAAGGCCUGAAAAGGCCAAAAUAGAAAACUAUCCCAAAUUGAGCUCAGAAUCGCUGAAAAGUACCAAAAUAAAAAAUGAUCCCAAAUUGAGCUCAGAAUAGAUGAAAAGUGCUUCCAAAGGCCAGAAAAGGCCAACAUAGAAAAUGAUCACUAAUUAAGCUCAGAAUCGCUGAAAAGUGCUUCUAAAGGCCAGAAAAGGCCAAAAUAGAAAAUAAUUCCAAAAUGAGCUCAGAAUCACUAAAAAGUGCUUCUAAAGGCCAGAAAAGGCCAAAUUGAGAAAUGAUCCCAAAUUUAUCACGGAAUCGCUAAAAAGUGCAUAUAAAGCCAAGAAAAUGCCAAAAUAGAAAAUGAUCCCGAAUUGAGUUCAAAAUCGAUGAAAAGUGCUUCUAAAGGCCAGAAAAGGCCAAUACAGAAAAUAAUCCCAAAUUAAACUCAGAAUCGCCAAAAUGUGUUUCUAAAGGCCAGAAAAAAACCGAAAUAGAAAAUGAUCUUAAAUUAAGCUCAGAAUCGCUGAAAAAUGCCUUUAAAGGCCAGAAAAGGCCAAAAUAGAAAAUUAUCCCAAAUUGAGCUCAGAACCGCCGAAAAGUGCCAAAAUAGAAAAUGAUCCCAAAUUGAGCUCAGAAUAGAUGAAAAGUGCUUCCAAAGGCCAGAAAAGGCCAACAUAAAAAAUGAUCACUAAUUAAGCUCAAAAUCGCUGUAAAGUGCUUCUAAAGGCCAGAAAAGGCCAAAAUAGGAAAUGAUCUCAUAUUGAGCUCAGGAUCGCUGAAAAGUGGUUUUAAAGGCCAGAAAAGGCCAAAAUAGAAAAUAAUUCCAAAUUGAGCUCAGAAUCACUGAAAAGUGCUUCUAAAGGCCAGAAAAGGCCAAAUUGAGAAAUGAUCCCAAAUUUAUCACGGAAUCGCUAAAAAGUGCAUAUAAAGCCAAGAAAAGGCCAAAAUAUAAAAUGAUCCCAAAUUGAGUUCAGAAUCGAUGAAAAGUGCUUCUAAGGGCCAGAAAAGGCCAAUACAGGAAAUAAUCCCAAAUUAAACUCAGAAUCGCCAAAAACUGUUUCUAAAGGUCAGACAAAACCGAAAUAGAAAAUGAUCUUAAAUUAAGCUCAGAAUCGCUAAAAAGUGCCUUUAAAGGCCAGAAAAGGCCAAAAUAGAAAAUGGUCCCGAAUUGAGCUCAGAAUCGCUGAAAAGAGCCAAAAUAGAAAAUGAUCCCAAAUUGAGCUCAGAAUCCCUAAAAAGUGAUUCUGAAGGCCAGAAAAGGCCAAAAUAGAAAAUGAUCUCAAAUUGAGCUCAGAAUCGCUGAAAAGUGCCAAAAUAAUAUAUGAUCUCAGAAUCGAUGAAAAGUGCUUCCAAAGGCUAGAAAAGGCCAAUAUAGAAAAUGAUCACUAAUUAAGCUCAGAAUCGCUGAAAAGUGCUUCUAAAGGCCAAAUAGAAAAUAAUCCCAAAUUGAGCUCGAAAUCGCUAAAAAGUGUUUCUGAAGGCCAGAAAAGGCCUAAAUAGAAAAUGAUCCCAAUUUGAGCUCAGAAUCCCUAAAAAGUGAUUCUGAAGGCCAGAAAAGGCCAAAAUAGGAAAUGAUCUCAAAUUGAGCUCAGAAUCGCUGAAAAGUGCCAAAAUAAUAUAUGAUCUCAGAAUAGAUGAAAAGUGUUUCCAAAGCCAGAAUAAGCUUAGUUAGAAAAUGAUCUCAAACUGAGCUCCGAAUUGCUCAAAAAUGCCAAAAUAGAAAAUGAUCCCAAAUUGAGCUCAGAAUCGAUGAAAAGUGCUUCCAAAGGCCAGAAAAGGCUACAAUAGAAAAUGAUCCCUAAUUAAGCUCAGAAUCGCUAAAAAAUGCUUCUAAAGGCUAGAAAAGGCCAAAAAAGAAAAUGAUCCUAAAUUGAGCUCAGAAUCGAUGAAAAGUGGCCAAAAAAGGCCAAAAUAGAAAGUGAUCUCAAAUUGAGCUCAGGGUCGCUGAAAAGUGCUUCUGAAGACCAGAAAAUGCCAAAAUAGAAAAUAAUUCCAAAUCGAGCUCUGGUGUGCUGAAAAGUGUUAAUAUAGAAAAUGAUCCCAUAUUAAGCUUAAAAUCGCUGAAAAGCGCUCCUACAAGCCAAAAUAGAAAAUGAUCCCAAAUUGAGCUCAGAAUCACUGAAGAGUACUUCUAAAGGCCAAAUAGAAAAGGAUCCUUAAUUAAGCUCAAAAUCGCUGGAAUUUGCUUCUAAACGUGACGUGAACUUUGCGUUAACAUUGACGGUUUCGUAUUUAGACCGUUUUCAAACAAAUCGAGAGUGCCCCUAGGUAGCAACCUCGGCCCGCUACUAUUAAUUAUGUUCCCCAACGAUGCAGUUUUUGUUUUGGAAAAUUGUUUUCAGGUACCGUAUGCUGACAACUUCGAAAUCUACAUUGAAGUGGGUACGAGAAAGGAUUGUCGGCUCUCAGAAACAAUUGAGCAUGUUUUCUGAAUUAUGCCGGUGAAAUAAACUAGUAAUGAGUAUUGAUAAUUGUCAAGCCAUACUGUUUCACCACACAGUACGUUCAGUUUAGUUCGACUACAAUAUUGGGGGGGGGGAAUCAUUCCCAAAGUUAGGAAAGUUUCGAUUUAGAAAUUAAAUUGAAUCCUAGAAAGAUUUUCGACUCACACCGAGCAGCAAUAAUUUCUUAAGUCUCUCACUGCUGGAAGUCAUUGUACUUUGCUCUCGUCCAUUCAAUCUGCCUUAGAGAAAUCCCGAUAGCCAGAUGCCGAUUAUUGCCCCUUGGUACACUGGAACGAUGAAGGAAACUACAACAAACUUUGUUCGUGGUGAAAAUUAUGUACGGUGAAGGGUGAGGUUGAUGCCCCCGAGCUAAUCAAAAGAUUGAUCCUUCGCAUACCAAAUAGGACUCUUCGAAACACGUCGUUAUUACAGCAUUUUUACAUUUGAGUCAUUCCUUGAAAACGGCUUGGCGGGUAACUCCUAAUACCGUAACAACCUGCUCCUGUGUUUUGCAUUGAUGAUGACAUCGAGCAAUUUCUCCAAAUUUUCAGGGUCUUCGAAGGUUUUUGGCCUUCCUUCACACGAACAGUCGUCAACAUCGAAAGUAGCAUCUUUGAAGCGACGGAGCCGAUCACGGUACGUUGUUUUUUUCAACUCUCGAUGCGCAUUUCCUUUGAAUGAAAUGAGAAAAGAAACCCUUCCUGCAAACGACCGUUAUAUGGCACAAAAUCAGGGACUAUGUUCAGAAACAGAGCAGCAUCGAGAUGAUCGCAAAUUUUCAAACUCAUUUUCAAUUUGAUUUGUUUUCAAUAAAAUCAUCUUUGAAAACAUAAUUACGCCUUCUUCUUGUGAGUAUGAACAACUGAUAGAACAUCGCAUUUCAUAAAUUGGCCCCACCGUUGCGGAUUACACACUGUUCUAGGCCGCCUUAAAAUAAAUGAAACCGGGGAAAAUACCCAACCGUUUAACAUGAAAGUAUCUGCCGAGGACAGUCGUAUUAGGCGCCUGAUCAUACCAUAUUUGCCACCACGAAAAAGUUGAGAUAAGCCAAAUUAAGUAUACGUGUGGUCCCUAAACAACAAAUAUUGAACACAAAUAAUAUUCAAACGUUGCGUUGGAAGGCCCGCAAGAUUAUUUCUACAUACUACAAACACAAUUUAGUGUUGAUUUCUUUCACAUUCACAUUCUGUAUUGAUUUCUGUGCUUAAUCAUUUGGUUCUAUCUCAUUCAAAGCGUAGUCUAUGACUCUGAAUGAGAAAAAACCAAAUAAUAAGGCACAGAAUCGUUUUGGUUCGCACCUCCACAUGUUCUCUAACGCGUCUCUUAUCUAAACCUCGAGUAGACGUUAUUUGCAUGUAGAUUUAAAUCAAUCUGCCAACCGAGCAGCAGGGUCCAUGACACUUGAACACAAUAUCCAACGCAGUUGACGCUCCAAUCUCGCGUUAAGUAACACUCAUCUUUCCGAAAAUGUUGCUCGCAAUUUCACUCGUAGUGUUUGGCUUGAAACUAGUCACCAGCUCUGCAUCUACUCGUAACUUCGAAAAUCUUCGAAUACAGUUCGAUCCGCAGGACUACACUUCAACCUUGGGUAAAUCGAUUUGUCUAAAUUUGUGGGUCGAUGGGUCAUCAAGUAAAAAUCUGUCAAUACUGGUCAAAGCAACAGAAUUCGUACGAGUGAAUCCACCGGUUGUUUGGAUAUAUGAAAAAAACAAUUACCAGAAUAAUUUGUCCCGGUUGGAAGCUACCGGACUUCGACCAGGUAGAUUCAUUGUUACGGCAAAUGUGGAAAACAAAUUCACUGAUCACCGACUGUUCGUGCAUCUGAAAAUCGCUCUGAGCGAGCCGUUGAUCUACAUUUCAUUACUGAUCGGCUGGAGUUACACGGCAUGUUGGUCUAUUGGAUAUUAUCCGCAGAUUUUGCUCAACCACCGUAGGAAAAGUGUGGUUGGACUGAGUUUCGACUUUCUUCACAUUAACGUUGUCGGUCAUCUUUCUUAUGCGAUCUUCAAUUCUUUUAUGUAUUGGAAUAGCUUUAUCGAGCAAGAGUACUUCAAUCGUCACCCUCACGGAUUAAAUCCAGUAAUAGGGAAUGAUGUCGGAUUUGCCAUUCAUGCAACGAUUGCUACAGGGUAUACUAUCUUACAGUGUUACAUAUAUGAUAGUGGAGAAAACUCGCUGUCCACUGGAGCGAAAGGAAUUAUCGGAACCUAUUUGGUCAUAAUAGUAGUAUCACUAACGAUGGCGCUCUUCGGAAAGCAACAUUGGUUGGACUUUCUGUACGUUUUAAGCUACAUAAAGCUUUCCACCACAUUGGUGAAAUAUUUCCCCCAAGCGUACAUGAACUACAAACGACAGAGUACGGAAGGAUUUGCAAUUAUGAACCGACUGUUGGAUAUUGCUGGUGGACUGUUUGGGAUUCUACAGAUGGUGAUCAAUGCAUGGAACUUUGACGAUUGGCGGUCGAUUAUUGGGGAUGUGGUUAAGUUUGGACUAGGGAUAUUUUCAAUCCUGUUUGAUCUGGUGUUUAUUAUUCAACAUUAUCUUCUCUACAGAAAACCGAAAACAGUACAGAGAAUUGAUAAUAUUGAAAUGGAAGUAAUGUACAAAUUAACAUAGAUUUUUUUUUAAUCUACGUUAUAAUUUCAUAUUUAGAUAGCAACAACAAAAGCAACUACAACCCAG